UUAAAAUAGCUACUCAUCUGUUUGUUCCGUCUAUAUACUUCAUACCCGUUUGUUCUCUGAUAAGGCUAUUGUUCCAGAAAUACCGCAAAACUUGCUCUGGAGUAAGGAAGCUGUACUGGAUUCUACGUACUCUAGAAUAAUCGAUUUUUGAUGUUGAAGAAGUGUUUGUGGUACUGGUAUAUCUUUAGCCUCACAGUCUCAUUGGUUUUACUAGUGGCUGUUGUGUUUGUUGGAGAGUUUGGAUGUUUUCUGUGGGCUUUCCUAACCUGGAGGAUUCCUGACAAAUCCAGAGAUUCACUGAAUUUACUUCUCAUCUCAGACUCACAAAUCCCGGGAUACAAGGGAGAACGUGGAGGAAUACAAGGGCAUAUAACACGUUCUGAUACAGACUGGUAUUUAUUCAAGGCUUUUUAUCUGGCCUUAGCAUCAUUUUCACCUGAUGCUGUCAUCCAUUUGGGUGACAUUUUCGACGAAGGAUCAGUUGCUACAGAUGAGCAGUACCAGGAAUAUAAGGCCAGACAUGAUAAAAUUUUCCACAUCCAUGACAGAUCUGUCAAGAUCUAUGUUGCUGGGGACAAUGACAUUGGAGGUGAAUGGAGUGAUAUCCUCACAGAAAAAAAGACUUUGAGAUUUCAACAACACUUUGGUCCCAUAAAUGAUGUUGUAAAACUGAAGGCUUUUCAAAUAGUUAAGAUCAAUUCGGCAAGUUUGUUGAGAAGAAAACCUUUUAAAGAGGAAAGAAAAAUCUACAACAAAACUGUAGAUUUUAUCAAUAAUCUUUCAUCAAAACUGGACAAGGAGAAGGUUUCCAUUUUAGUUGGUCAUGUUCCAAUUGAUGAAAUUAGUGUAAAACACGAUGUUCAAUUGCGCAAGCCAGACACUGUUCAACAUGAGUUUGGAAUAUUUACAUUUACGGAAUAUGUGGUGCCUACCUGCAGCUAUCGCAUGGGAACCAAGAUGAUGGGGGCAGCUGUAGCAGUUAUAGGUAAUGAUGGCUCCAUCACCUAUUCCAUUCUUCCUCUUCCACGGCGAUACUCAUUUCUUCUUGCAUACUUGGUGUGCCUGUGUGUCUCCUUGGCCAUUCCACUACCUGGAGUCAUGAUAUUUGUAAUUCGAAUGUUGGAAAAAAACCUCAUGGGCAUAAAACAUAGCCCUGAAGUCAUGAAACUGAAAGAUUUAUGACAAUCGAAGAAAAAACAAAUCAGAAUAAAAAAGAAACCACACACAAUCUUAGGAAACCUUCACAUCCUCUAGAUACAGCAGGUGCUACUUGUUAAUGUCCCCACCUUAAUAUAUUUACAAUUUGUAUGUGGAAUUUAAAAUAAAUCAAAGGUGAAUUGUA